AGAGGUGGUUAAACUGAUUUAGAACUGCUACAGUGUAACACAUGUCUGUAUUCCCGUGCAGCCGACCGACAGUGAAAUAUGGUGACUAAACGAAUAAGGUCCGAAUAUAUGAAGAAAUUUAAGGACCCAAAAUGGGAAACGUACGCAAAAUGUUAUGAGGAUUUGCUGAAGUACAGAUUGUCAAGACGACUGCUGGAGCAAGCGCACAACCCCUGGUUUUGGGGAGAAUGGGGAAGUGACACAGCGUCCAGUGGUAAAUCUACUCCUCUUUGUCGGAAUAAAGUCGAACCUCUGCAGCCCAAUGAUGAGACACCAAAGCAAGCAACUGAACCAGAACCACAAGGAGAAACACAAGACAGAGAAGCUUUGGAAACCAAGCUAGUUACCCGAGAUACUGAGCAGAGUCCUAAAGGCGAGAAGGAAGAGAAAAGCAGAGGAUGCUCUCCUGCUCUCAACCCAGACCUAGAAACUGAUACUCAUACACCAAACAAACCAAAGAACAAACAACGCUCCUCACAUAAGUACACAAGAUCAAAGAUCAAGCCUCAUAACAUCAAAGACACUGACAAAGAAAAUCGUCACCCUUUUGCCCUAUAUGGUUCAGGUGAGAGGCAGACAGAUAUGGCCUCCAAGAAAACUCAUAAUGUUGGUCCAGCCACAUCAACCUCAGAGAUCCAUGAAUCGGCUUUGCGAGCAAAAACCAGACGGGAGUUGGAAAAGCAGAUUAAGAGAGUUGAUAAACAAAGAGCCAGAUCUGCUGACUUAGAAAUGAACAGAAGCAAGAUUGUCCUCGAGUACAACCCAUGGAUGACAGAGUACAUGCGCUGUUUCUCUGCUAGGUCUCGGUAAAAAUGGUUUCAGAAAUCCUUUGGGGAAAAAAAUGUCUGUGACUAUCUAAAUCACUCAGGCUUAAAAACCCGAAACAUUCCACAUGAUGACUGCCGAAGGACAUAAAUCUAUCCAGCUCACUUGCCCUCUUCCAAAAUGGGUCACAAUGAAUUAAACUCCAAUUUUAACGCAGGGGUUUUAUAGUGUAUUUACAACAAUGGACGUUACAUUUACCGCUACAUAUCAAACAUGAUAUCACAAUCCACUGAUGCUGCAGGCAAACUGUCAAACAAUCGCAUGCCUUGUUGCAUGAUUUUGUAUAAACAAGUCACAUAGAUGUACAGGCCAUGAGUUUUAUUUCUCUUUACAAUCUUACCAUACAGUUAAAGUAAUUUAUGAACAAUUAAGUGCUCGGUAAUUGUCAGACCAUUACAGGCAUAUGUUGUAAUUUGAUUUAUGUAUUAACUAAAUUGUUUGUGUUUUAUUGAUCAAUAUUUAGGGUCAGUGUAAGAAAAUCUGUUUUGUACUUUCCAGAACUUGGGAAGUGUAAAUUAAGACACAGUUAUUUAAAGGAGCUGCCCAGUAAUACUAAUAUUUGCUUCCUUUGAUGUGAGAUAUAUUAGAUUUGGUUUGUUGUAUGUGUAAGCUCAGGUGCAUUUCACAGGGUAUCUGAAGCAUGUAACAGACACAGCAAAAUCAUGUUUAAGGAUAUGAAGUUCAUCAUCAUGUUUAACUUUAAUUCAGUGUGGUGAUUUGGUAUUUAGUGGCACUCAGGUAAUUCAAUCAGGAGUAAAGAUGUAAAAAUGACAUUUAUCUAUACAAGGGUAUUGAAUUAAUUUCAACUUGAUGUCAGGAAUUAUUGUAUUUGGUUCAGUAUUUUUAAUGGAAGAAUGCAUGUGUUGUAUGAACAAAUGUACAGGUUUUGUUUUCCACUUCUAUUCAACUUUGACAUAUUGUUCUGUACGUAUUAUGUUGAUAGUGUUGUUUUUACUGUAAGAGUAAUGAAGCCAUAAUGUUCACGAGCCACUAAUGCAUUGAGAUGACAAAUAUUCAUUCCAGCGUCUUAUUUAUAAUACAUGGAAGCUGGUUUGAAUGGUGUUUAGAAAAGGAUUAAGUGCUGUGAAGUCUGCCUAUGAAAUUUGAUAUAUGUUUGAAUGUGUAACAUUUAUAGUAGACUGGUGUUACAGUUCCACUACACUAAUGGGACUAUUGUGAUGGGAAACUCUUAUAAAGAGGCAAUUUGGUAGUUUCUAAAGGUGUCAUAGUUUUCUGUCCUAACAUUUUUUAACAGGUUGUACUGUUUAAAAGGAGAUAUUAUUAUUGGUUUGUUUAAUAGUUGUGAAAUGGCUUAACAAAUAAUUAAAGUAUAAAACAUUUUCAGAGCUAAAUUAUGAAUGGAAAGUACUUAUGUUUGUAUUCAAUGAAAGAUUGUACAUAGUUCACUACAUUUUUAAAAGGGUUUACCAUUAAUAAAGCAGUUAUGCACACUAAUGCAUAUCAACAAAAGGCAGAUUCUGAGGUAUCAACUCAUUACAGCAUCCUGUUCCUGGACAUCAAGAUUCUCCAAGCCUGCCAAGGAUAUUUCCAUUCAUUACUGGGAAAAAAUUGUGGAAAUUGGCAAACCUUAACCAUGUGUCAAAGCCAGAGGUGAAACUUCUGUUUCAACAGACGAGACAAAAAUUUGUAGUGCCUCCCUAAUUAGCCUGCAUGGUACAGAUUUAAAAAACAAUGUUUCAUUUUCAUUAAGACAAAAACACUCUCAAACAGUCUUGGAAGUUUGAUUAUGGUUCACAAACUGUCAAGCAUAUUUACAGAUAAACACUGAUUUUAAAUUCAGGAGCCAGGUUUGUGUUUUUUGCUCAAUAAAUUAAACUUUUUGAAUGUUCAUUACAAAAAACUUUUGUAAUAGAGAAGCCUUUGAUAAAAUUGUGUUACUUAUCAUUUUGAUUCCAAGUAAACAAUUCCCGUGAUCACUACUACUACACAGAAUUAGCUGAAUACACACAUUUAUUUUGUGCGGUGGUCAAUGUGGAGAUUGUUGGAUCAAAAAUGAACUUAGGAUCAACUGCAAUUCAAUAUAGUGUUAAAGGGAUAGUUCACUCAAAAAUGAAAAUGAUCUCAUCAUUUACCCACCCUCAUGCCAUCCCAUAUGUGUAUGACUUAUUUUCUUCUGCUGAACACAAAGAUUUUUAGAAGAAUAUCUCAGCUCUGUAGGUCCAUACAACACAAGUGAAUGGUGGUCAGCACUUUAAAGCUCCAAAACACACAGACAGUCUUAGUGAAAGUAAUCCAUACAAAUCCAGUCGUUAAAUCAAUGUCUUCCAGGACUUAAAUAUUGAUCUGCUUCUCACCCACACCUAUCAUAUCACUUCUGAAGAUAUGGAUUUAACCACUGGAGUUGUAUGGAUUACUUUUAUGAGGCCUUUAUAUGCUUUUUUGGAGCUUCAAAGUUCUGGCCACCAUUCACUUGCAUUGUAUGGACCUACAGAGCUGAGAUGUUCUUCUAAAAAUCUUUAUUUGCAUUCUGCAAAAUAAAGUCAGUCAUUUACAUUUGGGAUACAUGAGGGUGAGGAAAUGAUGAGAUCAUUUUCAUUUUUGGGUGAACUAUUCCUUUAAACAUAACUAUUGGCAAUCUGUCCCAUGUCAAAUUCAUACAAACAAAAAUGCUUGAUAUAAAGGCAUACUAGCAUAGACAGACCUUUUGAUGCACUGUUGAUUGAAAUGUCAAUUUAAAACUUGUAAGAGUAGAUAAGGGACAAUGGAGGAUUUCAAAGGAAGUAAAUUAAAAUACAUUUUCUCAAAAAAAAAAAAAAAAAAAAGACAAUACAAUAUAGUUCUGAAAACAAUUAAUUACUUUAAACACAUUGGUGUCAUUCCAACAAACACCUAAGAAUUGGACAGCAGCACUAAAAAUGCUUCACAAUAAGUACAUAGCAUGUAACUGUGACUUUAAAGCUGAUCAUACUGACACUUUAUUACAGUGAGAUAUGAAGGGAAGUGUGUCAAUAGCCACUUUUAAAAAAAACCUAUGUUGAAGUAUGUUUUCCUGCAAAGCAUAUUAACAUGAAAAAAACAACAGAGGAGAAAACAUAAAAUAA